AGAUAUUCAUUUAUCAUUUUUCAUGUAUGGGCUGAGUCCUGAUCAUAGCUGUAUGAUACUAAACAACAUUGAAGAGUGGCCACAAACAAAAUGGAAAUGAAAGAAAUUUCUAAACAGAAGACAUUACGGAAAAUGAGCUCAACUAGGGAACCCUUCCCAAAUACUGGUAUAGAAGUGAGUUCUUUGAAGAAAUUCACCAUUCCAAAGAUCAGGAAGACAUCUGGGAAAGUUUACUUAUCACCUUGUUGCACUAAUACUAGAGAGUAUAAUUUCAUAUGUGAGACUCUUAACCAGUGUAGACUUGAUGUAAGCUGUGAUCUCCAAUCAUCCUGGCAGUUUGGGGAUACAAAACUGGUUCACAAUGAAGAGCUAGAAAAGAAUUUUACUACUAAGAGGUCAGAGAUGCGUGAGAGUGGAAGACAUGGAAGAGAACUUGAAGAACAUUUCUGCUUUUUAGCACUUCCUCAAAGAGAUGUAGUAGAGAUAUACCAGAAAGGGUUAAGUACCAAAGCAUCUACUUUGAAGAUAUUAGGAAAUCCUCUUCUUGGAAUUUACAUAUUUAGACAUGUUGAUGUUGCCCUGAAUUAUGCUCACAGUCGAAGCAUUACAGUAGACAGUAUUAUAAUUUUUAAGGUUCUCUUUGGGAAAGUAAAGAAAAUUCACCCUUCUGUGGAUAUAAACAAAGUUUCUUUGGAUCCUGCUCCUAACUUUGAUUGCCACAUGUCAAGAAGUAUACCUUCUCUGAAAGAUACCAUUGAACUACAAGCCUAUAAUUCAUUGGUAUACUUCUAUGAAUACAGUGCCCUUUCAAAGCCAGUAGAUAAGCCUAGGCAGUGUCUUCCAUAUGCAAUAAUAACAGUAAAAUUUAUUGGUCACGAAAUGGAUAAUGGAUACCGUAAAACAUCUGUGAGGUUACUUACAACAGGAUUUCCUAAGAGGAGUGAAAGAAACUGCUGUCUGAAUAACUGUACAGUGGCCAAAAGAAUUGGAAAGGGAAAAGAUGCUACUGUGAUCUUUGAGCAUUUUGGGAAACCUGUAGAUCCAUUUGCUCUAGAAAAUUGUUCAUGCAGUACACAGAAUUCAGCGAUAAAUUCCUUCAAUGCAAAUAUUUCUGAUUCUUAUGAAAAUGUGCAAAAUGGAAAUAUGUCUAUACUUGAAACAUAUGGUGGGCAAUCAGAGAACAGUUUAGCAGAAAUUAGAGGCACUUCCCAAGGACUUGCAUGUGAUUCAAAUCGUUCUUUUAUGCCCAGUGAUAAUAAAGGAAGUGGUAAUAGUGAUGAUAUGUUUUCAACAUAUCUUAAAGAUAUUUUAAAUGUUAUGUCUCCUACUUUUCCUUCCCACAAUAAUAUUGGCUCAAGUACACUUAUUACUUCAAAAUUCAUCAAAGACCCAAGACUAAUGAAAAAAGGAGAAAGUUUGGGAAAACAAAAUAAUAUUAUAGGUUUCAGUGAGAUUUUGCCAUUUGAGAAGAAUUUAGAUCAUAAUUCAGACAUAAACCUGUCAUGUGUGGCAACUAAUUCUACAUCCUCAUCUGAAGUUGUCCCAAGUGAUUGUGCUAUUCUUUCUGAUUGUUUGGAUACAAACAAAUUUUCUUUUGAUGACUCUCCAUCUCAGACUCAAAACAUGGAUCCAGUGGAUUAUUGCGUAGCACCCUGGGUCAGACAAUAUAAGGACCAAGGCAAUUUUCCCUUCCCAAUUUCUUUGUUAAAUGUUUCAGAGCUUGAGAACCAAAAACACAGCAAGGCUACGGCCCAGAGAGCCCAAGAGAAAAACAAUAUUCCACUUUUAAUGAAACACAGCAGCAGGCCACAUAGCUCUUACGAAUCAGUGAAUACUGACAGAAAAGACUCCAGUAGUCGUAACUCAAAAGAAUUACAUUCUUCUAAUUUUAGCACUUUGUAUCAUACUGGUCACCAGAUAUCUACAGUCUUCUCAGCCCAAAGGGAAGGAAACAUGCAUGAGUGCAUUCAAAAUACCAGCAAGAUAAGAAACUUCACUGACCCAGAAGAUAGUUACAGAUAUGAAGAAAAACAAACUUUGCAAAAAGAAACUGAUAAUUACUUCACUAAUGAAACAAAAAUCACUCCGAUCAGUAAUUACAUUUCUUCAUGCCAAGAAUACAAAGACGAUGAGACCCUUGAUCCUUUGGGAGGAAAUAUGGAUGAAAUAGCAGUUACCCAAGAAUUAGAAAUGCCAGAAUCUCCCAUCUUUACCACAAAGGAUAAUGAACAGGAUCAACUAGCAUUGGAUUUAGAAAGUAAUCUUACUCUAGAGAGCAUUUCACAAAAGCAUCCUCAGCAUUCUACAGACUAUGGAGGUAGCAUGCCAAUGAGUUUUGGAUUCACUCAAAAGCUAAGAGAAAUGAAUUUGGAAAAAACAAAUAAAAAUUAUGUUAGUAUUAUAACUGAUACUUUCCAAGAAGCAGAAGAAGUUCUUCAGACCAGAGAACUACUUGCUAAUUCUAUGUUUCAUGGCAUUGAAAUAGCCCUUAACAAUUCAAAGUGCAGCAAAACUACAGAAUAUUUAUAUGUCCAGAAGAAAAAUGAAAAUGAGCCAGUGUUAUUAGAGAACAUUCAAAGAGACUGCAAAGAAAAUCCUUAUUUUGAAGAUGAAUAUCAGCCUCACAUGCUGUCUGGUACUGCACAGUUGAAUUAUGAUAAAUUUCUAAAUACUCAUUUCAAAGGGCCAAGAGAUAAUGAUAAAGAAAACAAAACUGAAGCUGAAGAGGAUGAUAGAGCUUCACCUCCAGAAAACAAGAUAGAGACUAUCUGUGGAAAUGAGAAGGAAGAAUGCCAUACAAACAAUACUUUAACCAGUAUAGAAGACAGGAAGAAGAAUAAAAAUGACAACAAAUUUGAAAUUCUCAGUUCUGAAGACAUUUCUACUGCAUUCAACUUCAUUUGGAAAGAAAAAGAUAAGUCACCGAAAACUACAUUAGACAAUGAAGAUACUUUUGCUGCCAUGAAACAAAGAGAUGUACAGAACACCAGAAGAAAUGUAGAGCAUUUGGCUUUGACACCAUUUCCUGAAGUUGAAGGUCUUUCAGUAGGUAUAGCAUCAAAUCCUACAAUAGAGUUAGCUAACACUGCUUUGCCUACAUCAAGUACAAAUCAUGAAGCUCACCAAAGAUACCAGUUUAAAGAAACUCAUUCUUCUAAGAGUCCAGAUUUUGGUUUGUUAGUAAAACAUAAGAUUGCUGACUGUGGAAUUGAUGUGGAUAAAAAUAAAUUGCAAGAUUCACUUCAUCAGCCAGUAAAUGAGAACUCAGUUCUUCAAAAUUUUGAUGUUGAAAGUGAGAUUGAAGUAGAAUUAGAAGAGUAUGAUGAUGAUUUUUUACUUCAACAAAAUAGACAUAGCCAUGAAGAUACGCUUGAUGAAGAAUAUGAGGCUCUGAAGUCUCGUAUCGAUUGGGAAGGUCUAUUCGGAAGCAGUAAUGGAAAGAUGAAUGAUUUGGGAAGCACUAUAAGAGAGAAUAUAGAUCAACAUCACUCUAAGAAUACUAUUACUUUUUGUUCUUCUUAUAAAAAACUCUACCCAAUUUUGCUUCCAGAUCUACAGGUUAGAAUUACUAACACCAUUAGACAAACAUUCAUUCCCCCUGAAGAUACCCUUUUGACGAAAGAAAAUUUUAGUGAAUGUUUAACAGAAGCCUCAAAACCGGAAAGAAAUGAAGAGGAGAAAGCUAUGAAAGCUCCAGGAUUUGAAGUUGAUUCUAAGUCAGUUUGUGAAAAUCUAGGUUGCCCAUGUGAAGAUCAAUUUGAUAAUUCCAUGCAGGAUUCAGGCCUUGUGAGUAAAUCUGAAAUUUCCCAUUCAUUUAAUUUGAGUCACAAUACUGAUAAUCACAUGUCUGAAAAAAAAAACAGUGAAUCUUUUUGUUCUGAACCUUCUAAUGUCACAACAAUAAAUAAUGAACACAAAUGUUUCUUUAAAAAGUCAAAAACUAACUUUAAUACUACAAAUAAAAAAGACAUGGAAUCAAGAAUUUGCAGAAGAAAGGUUCAUACAUCUCUUAAGGACCAUAAGAUAUCACAUAAAGAUUGGAAACAGCAUGAAAUUUGUGAGAAGGAAAGAAGACUGUCCAAUCAUGACUCAUACGAGUGCUUUUCUUCAUUAUCCCAAGGACGAAUGAAAACGUUUUCACAGUCAGAAAGACACAUAAAAGAUGUUCUAGAUAUUCUAAAUAGUGAAGCAUCGUUAUGUAAAAGCAAACGUCUUUCCAGAAAACUAAACAGAGCUGUUCUUCACUUAAAGAAAGCUCAUAGAAGAGUUCACACGUCUUUGCAGCUAAUAGCUAAAGUGGGACAAAAAAGAAAGGGCCCAUUACCCAAAGCAUAUGAAAUAAUAUGCAAUAAUUUCUGGGAAAGCUGUGACCUUCAGAAUUGUAGUUCUGUAUCUGAAAGAAGAUAUUCCAAGCAUUUUUUGUCAAAAAGAAAAUACGAAAAAUUGGGGGAAAGAGUUUUUGGAUUUGAUGUUAGUCAGCCAGCCUGCAUGUCAAAGCACAAGUCACACAAAACAAAUGGAGAGAAGAGUGCAGUAUGCCAUUCCAAUAAAAGCAUGAACAACAGUGUCUGCAUGAGUCACACCACUGUUCAUGUUAGAGAAUAUUGUGAUGAACACCACCACCCUGAAUCACAAUUGUCACUCUUUUCUAUAUCCCAAAGUACAAGUCACUCAGAAUAUAAUAAUAGCAGUAUGAAAGAUUCAAGAUCAGAGCUUAAACCUUUUUCUGAGAAAACUGAAUAUCUGCCCUACUCAAAUGAACAAUCUGAAAAAGAAAAUCAAGUUGGUGCACAGUUAUCGAAAACUAGUAAAUGUGAAAAGCUUAGGCACCAGUCAGCACAUAAUAAGGAUACGGCAAAAAAAAAAACCUCUGAAGUUAAUGAAAUAAUAACCAAAAGUAGUUCAGUAUCUUUAAGUGAAACUAAAAAAAACAAUGUAAGUUACAGCACAGAGAAAAACUAUGAUGCAAUAUGUAUAGACCACACAAAGGUGAAAACUGACAUGUUUAUUUCAACCCUAGAUUCCAACAUGAAGCUCUUUUUAAAUGUUGAUACCUGCAAAGGAGAUCACUCUAUUAUAUCUGGCUGUCAAAGUAACCUGAAAGAAAGUUUUCCUAUAGAAAGGUGGAUAGCUCCAGUUGAGAGCAAACCAAGUAUUACUACAGGAAACAUUAUGGGCCCAUUCAACGUAACUUUGAUAUCAAACAAACAAUACAGUAUUCUUCAGUUACCAACCACACCAACGACAGAUAGUGAGGGAGAAUCUUCAAAAUGUUUGGAUAAGCAGAGGGCUUUUGCUAUAGAUUAUUCUGCACCUCCCACUAUUAGGUCACACUGUGGACAGAUGUAUGGUAGGAAGGCACUUCCAAAGACACAGCAAUCUUCAAAUAGUUGUUUCUGUGUAGAAGGGAAUAAAACAAAUGUUACUGAGCAUUCAAAAUUGGAUCUGACAUCAGCUGAAGGGCUUAAGAGUUAUGGGGAAAAUACAUUGAAGACAUUUUUUAAUGAUAGUUCUCGUCUCUUAAGAGAAGAUAUAAAGAAUUUUUCAAAAAAAUAUACUAUAAAGGAAAAUACUUGGAACAGAAAAAUUAGGAAAAUUGAACAAGCAGAAAAAACAAGAGAUUCACUUUAUAAAAAAAGCAUGUAUGAAGGACCAGUUGUCAUGACUGAGUACAAAAAUCAAAAGAAAAGGGUCCGAAAAGAAAAAUCCUCUUUCUUAAAUACAAAAACAGUUAAAAGAAACUUGACUGAUUCUCACCUAAGCAUUAAAACUACCCCAGAGACAGUCUUUUUAAAUAACACAGUUUUUAGUCAGCUUGACAAAAGAAAAAGUGACAAGAGAAAAAUUAAUAGUGACUGUCAGUUUGGCUGUAUUUCCAAGCCAGACAUUCUGGAAAUUGAUCAUAUACCUAUUCUCCAUGCCCACUCUGAAGCUUCUCAAGUUAAGACUGUUCAGAAACCUACAUCAUAUGUGAAUAAAUUAAAAGAAAAAUAUUGCUCAGUUACUUACGUAGCGCUUAUAACAGAGCUAUCCCAAAUUUUGCAAAGGGCAGAUGAAGCAUUAUCUUUAGAGGUUCUAGAAGAAGAAACUAAGGCUUGUCAGAAUAUUCUCCCUUUAUUUGUGGAAGCUUUCGAAAGAAAGCAGGAAUGUUCACUUGAACAAAUUCUGAUUUCAAGAGAGCUUUUGGUAGAACAAAAUCUGUGGAAUAACUGCAAAUACAAAUUAAACCCAUGUGCUAUUGACACUUUAAUAGAACUUCAGAUGGCAAUGGAAACCAUUCAAUUCAUUGAAAAUAAAAAAAGGCUCUUAGAAGGAGAACCAACAUUCCGAAGCUUGCUUUGGUAUGAUGAGACAUUGUACAGUGAACUUCUUGGCAGGCCACAUGGAUAUCAGUUGCAGUCUAGUUUCUAUCCUGCUUUUCAAGGAAGGUUAAAAUAUGAUGCAUUCUGUGAGUUGCAGAAUUAUCAUACUCAGUUGACUGAAUUGUGUGCCGAAACAAAAAGGGAUAAUUCAUACUAUGCAUUCUUAAAAUACAGACGACAGAUUUAUGAAUGUGAAGCUAUAAUGAAGCAAUAUUCUGAUUGUUUUAAUUUUUCUCUUUCUGUUCCAUUUACCUGUGGAGUUAACUUUGGAGAUAGUUUAGGAGACCUAGAAAUCUUAAGAAAAAGUGCUUUAAAGCUGAUCAGUACAUAUGAAGACUCUCCUAAAGUUCAUUCAUACCUAGAAAAACAAGACCAUCUGUGGAUCAUCAUAGAAAUGAUUUCCUCAAAAGUUAAUUUCAUAAGGAGCAAUGAGGCAGUAAAUAUUAGAGUCUCACUUUAUGGUCUAGAGCAUAUAUGCUUUGAUGCUGCAAAAAAUCUUGUUUGGAAAAAGAAGAGACAAUCUUUCAGCAAAAAAUACUCAAAAAAACCCAAAGAAGUGAUACAUAAAAUGAAUGAGUGGGCUUUAUCUAAAUUGCAAAAGAUAUACGAUAACUUGUCCAAAAAUUCAAACAAUAUACCAACUUCGAAUUUUGAGCUUAAGGAAGAUACUGUGAUUACUUCCAGAAAAUCAGAUAAUCUAAUUGUAAUAGAAAAAAGUACUUCGUUUUCACACCCAGAUAUUAGUAUUAGUGAAAUAUUGGAUCAGGCUGAAUUUGCAGACUUAAAAAAAUUACAGCACCUUAUUUCGAUCUGUACAGAUCACUUAGAAACUAUAAAAGAAAAAUUUCAGAUUCUACAAGGAGAUAAUAUAGAUGAUAUUUUUAUCAUAGAAGAAAACGUCUUGGACAUGCUGAAAAGUCACAAACAUGGAGCUGUAAUUUUAAAACCUGAAGCAACUGAAUUAUAUAUUGAAAUUGCCAUGCUCUCAGAAACAGUUCACUUUCUUAAAAACUCAGUGGCAAAGAAAUUAGACAAUCAGAGAUUUCGAGGUAUGCUCUGGUUUGAUUUGUCACUUCUUCCUGAACUGAUUCACUGCCAAGAAAAAAUGGUUUGUUUCUCAUUUCUUGACAAUAACCCAAGAGAUUGCCUUAGUGAAGCAGUAGAAACUGGUAUUUCUGAAUGUAAAAAAGAUCUGGAUAUCAUCUACAAGAACAAAGAAGCUGUUAAUUGCUCAUAUGCUCUUCAUUUAUUCUCAAGGGAACUUAAAGAACUUUCAGAAAUAAGAAAGCUCAUAAAGAAAUCUGAGUGUCCCAUUUCCACAUACAUUGAUUUUGUCCCAUAUAUAAUAUCCAUAAAUUAUGGAAACACUGUGACAGAGUUAGAACACAACUAUAGUCAAUUUUCUACACUACUCAAAAAUAUAAUGUCUUUUCCUCAGAAAGAUUUAGGAAAAAUUGCCCAUAUUAUUAAAGUCAUGAAAACAAUUGAAUAUAUGAAGAUCAUAUGUGCUAAAAAUGCUAAAUUAACCACUUCUUUUAUCCUGUACCAAAUGUUACAUAACAAAAGGAAGAAUUUCCAGCUCAAGAGAAAAGAAAAGAUGAAUAUUCAUUUUACAAUACCUGAGGAAAAUACCAGACCUAGUACUUCUGCAGAGGUACCCUUAACUUCAGGGUACGUUACCAGAAACAUUUCAAGUUCACCUAAAAGGCGGUCUGUUGCUCUGGACAAAUAUGAAGACUCUCAGGAAAAAGAGGAAAAUAUUUCUAGUUGUAAAAAGAGAAAGGUUAACAUGAACAAUAUCUCCAAAAUCAACAGUGAGAAGGCAGUGUUCAGGUGUCUAAGGACUACAGGAUUUCAUCCCAAAGGUGAGAACACAAUAAGAUCCAGUUCAUCUGACAAUCUGAAAAGAAAUUGUGUAUCUCCAAAAAGGGAUGAAAUGCAGAGAUCAUUAAGUGACUCAUUUUCACCUUUAAAGAACCCACAAGCCACUUACACAUCAGAGUCACAAAGCAAAAUAGAUGUAACUAAUAGUUCACCGAGUGCCUCAAAACACCUCACUGAACAACAGGAAAACUUAAAUAACAUAAAGAAAAAUGUGAAUUUUGGUGCUCCUGAAACAAAGCGUUUUAAAAAUGAUGCUGCUUUUGCAACUUGUGACCAGAAAAGUAUAAAUGGCACUUUGUCAAAAGACCAAGAUAUACCUUCACAGAAACUUAAGACUCUCCCACAGCAAACUUGUUUUUCAAACAUAAAACCAACAACUGGUGACUCUCUUGUGCCUAAUUCAUCAGUGCAUAUACAUACCAACCUAGAAAUAAAUGGCACAGUCUUAGAACAUCAAGAUAAUGAACAAUUAGAUUCACCUAUUAAUAAAUCCACAUGUGCCAGUUUUCCAGAAUCUGUAUAUAACCAGAGCAGGAUUCCUGAUACAUUGAAUCCCAGUCCUAUACCUCUUGGAGCAUCUGGAAGCUUACCCCCUGAUGUGACUCAGACAACAGAGUACUCCUUUUCUGAACAUGAUGAAGAGAAAUCAAAAGUCCUAACUCAGAAAACUGCCAUACACUGGAAUGAACUUCCACAGUUUACCUGCGCCCCAGUAUGUAAUUCUUCUGACCAUUCAGUGGAAACUCCAUACUAUGCUUGGUGCAUUUAUCAUUACAGCAGCAGCAGUGGCAAUGGCAUUACCCAUACAUACCAACGGAUAACAUCAUAUGAAGUACAGUCACCUCCUUCUGGAAUACUGACUACGCUUACAAAUACUGUCCAAAGCACACAUUCUAAUCUCCUAUACCCUCAGAAUUUUCGUUAUUUUGCCGAUCAGCCGCAAGCAAAUGCUUUUGUGCCAAUAAAUGGGUAUUUUCAGUCUCAGAUGCCUAUUUCUUAUUUUCAGCAACCAAUUGUUUCACAGUAUGCUUCUCAUCAGCUAUUACCACCAACUGAUUAUCCUUAUCAUCCUGCUGCAGAUGUGCUUCCAGAAGCUCCUUGGAUUUAUGCUCCAUGGCAACAGCAACCUUUUCAGCCAAGACAUUGAAAAUAAUCUUUUUACUGAAAUAAAAGAGAUUUAACAAGCUUUCUCCCAAGUAUUUUAUCUAUAUAUUUUUAUUUUAAUGUUUAUCAUUUACAUGUAUAGAAAUGUGAUUUAUAAAAUAGCCUUUUAUAAAAUGUAUAGGUGCCAUAAUGCAUUGCUUAAGGUAAUAGGAAAUUAAUGUCUAACAUCUGAAAUACCAAAAUUGUUUUUCCAGGUAAUUCUAAAAG